GCCGUUGCCGCUCAAGAUCCUUUUUUCCCUCCAAAAGUUUCUCAUGUACUGACAGUAAAGUGACAAUCUUGUACUUAAAUCAGUUUAUCAGGGGUACUUGAGUAAUUACACCCACAGCAGCAGAACUGACGUCCAGUUUAUAAACAGACAUCUGUUUCUUAAACAAAAAAAAAAAGAAAAGAAAAAAAAAGACACCACCUUCGCCAACGUUCGUUCUUCACACUUCGGUCUGAAAAACCUUAAACGACAACUUGUGAAUAGUUUAUGGAAACCGAAAUGGAUGUCGACGAGAGAUUAACAGCCUUGAAGAAGGCGUCUGCAGAUAUAAUCUUGAACACAAAGAAGGAGGAAGCAGCGAGGAUUAUGAUGUGGGAACAGAAAGCUCAAUGUUUUGAGAAAGAGCUGCAUGUGGUGAAAGAAAAGGGGCUACUCAGGUUGAUGAGGCUCAAACAGAUUAUGGAUGCUAAGAUUAUUGAAGCAGAGAUGACAUCGUUGAGUCAACAGAAGAAGAUCGAAGAACUUGAAGCUCAACUUGAGGAAGCAGAAGAUAUUGUAAGUGAUCUCAGGGUUGAGUUGAGAGAAGUUGAAGCUGAACUUGAGAGAGUCGGCAGCGAAGAGAAAGAGGGAAAGCAAUCACAGGAUCUUGAUACUACUAAUCCUGGAGAACUAACAAAGGUGAACGCAGUUGUAUUGCCUCCAGAGUCACAGGGUGAUUCUGUGACAACUUCUAAUACGGAGGUCAACAGUAUGAACCAGAAAAUUGAGGGUUACCAUUCUUGUCAUACAAAGAUUAACACGGGAAAUUGUUAUGUUGCUAGUGCAGAUUUACCCUCUAUAAGUCUGAAAGAUGAAGUGCCAGAGUUAUACCAAAAUGGACAUACACAGAGAAUUCAUGCUGCUGAAGGAAAUCCGUCAGAUAGGGAAAUCAUGCAUAAAGAAACAUUUUCCGAACACUCUUCAAAGAUGGAAAUAAUUUUUUUGAGAGAUGAAUCGACUCUAGCCACAGGCAAUGCUCCUAUUGAAGAUCCUUCUGAGAUGGCCCUAGGAUUUUUCAAAGGACAAGGCAUGAAGCUGGGAUAUGCAGAAAGUUCUGAUGAUAAAUUGCAGUCUAUUGAUGCUUGUGGUGUUCCUUAUGCCAGAGAUGAGCAUGAGGAGUUAAAGGGAAAGAUGGAUCUUUCAGAACAAGAUAUUGAAAAUAUUUGCAAUCAGUUGCUCUUUAUAAAAAAUCUUUGCAAUCAGCUGUUAAAGUCAGAAUCAAGGGCGUCUGAUGUAGACAAUAGGGUUCCUAGCCAACCUCUAAAUAAUAGAGUGAUUAAGUACACAUACCAAAGAAAGAGGAAGAGAGAAUUGUUGAGUGCAUCUGAUGAGAAUGCUUCAAUUCCAAAGAGCCCUUCAAAGAACAAGAAUGUAUUGAAACUACAUAGUUUUUUGGACACACAGGAUGAGUUCAGUGACAGAAUCAUCUCGUGACAGUUGGCAAAUGUCAUUAGGUUGCUCAACAGAUCUAUGUAGGGAAUUGUCCUGGAGUUUUGAGAAUAUGUUGCAACUCCAUGAAGAUUGGUCUGUUUUCUGGACUUACUGACAGCCUUCCAGGCUUCCACAAAUUCUCACAAUUCAUCAGUUCCUAGCGUUUACAAAGUUUAUACUAAGGAGGUCUCAUUCUAGUGGCAAAGACCAACCUUCUACUCUUAAAAACUUAUUAGCCGUUUGUGUUUGACUAAAUUAUUUGUGGAACACUUUUGUUAAUAUUAUAGAAGUUAUCUGUGUUUGGCCAAUCUUUCCAGAAAUAUUUUUGAGUGCAAAAUUAUGAAAAGUGACAUGUAAAUAUUCACUUUACAAUUAAUAUUACUAAAUAGAUAAAUCAUUGGAAAUAUUUAUUAUGAGACUUUAAUUAAGAAAUUCAAUUUCAUUUUAUCAAAAUAUUUAUAAAAAAAUCAAAAAAAAGAAAGAGAGGGAGCAUGUUUAUGAGACUUUGGUCGUAAAUGUGUUGUUGACAACAUUUGUGUUUUUUUGGUUGAAAAAUGAGCACGUCAAGUUUCCCAAAAAAGUUUGGCUAAACACGCUAUUAAGCUUCUUCAUAGAAAGAUGUUAUAGGAGUCGGAACAAAUUUAUUCCUUCAGGAUAAAUUUUUCAAGUAAGAACAUUUUGGAAUAAUGAAUGUAUCAACUCUGUUUGUUGCAACGAGCAAGUUAUGCUGGUUUAAUGAUCAGUACUGUCAGCAGGUUGCCAUUAUGCUUUGCAUCUGCGACAAAGUUUGAUGGCUGUUAAAUGUGGUAGAGUAGUUUUAAAUUUCUGGAAAUAUGUUGUACUGUCUUUUGGAUGCUCAUAUCUUC